AUGGCUGAAGGCUUGUUGGCGUGCGUCGGUUCCGGGCCGGUGGUUGGCCUGCUAGCUUUGGUGGCUAAGUUGGGUGAGAGCGAUGUGGCCCCAUCUGUCCAGAAGAAUGCCAAGACGGCCGAGGCCUUCUUGCUACAGCUGGCAGAAAAGAUCCUCACAGCUUUCAAUGUGCAGCCAGUGCCUCUGGACUUGCCAGCCAGUGCCCUUCCCUUUGAGGAUGCCAUUCAGCGAGUGACUGUGUGGUGCAAGAGCCUCAUUGUGCUCUUGUCACCGAUCCCACUACACCUGGAGUCUUCCAUGGAGCACGUUGAGGCUGCGAUGAAGGAUGCGAGUUUCGCCUACAUGUUCAUUGAGCUGAAGGAUCAGCUGACAUCCUCUGCGUACUGGAAGCAGAAGCUGGAGGCAGCACGACGAGCAGCAACAGCUGACAUCGAGCUUGCUGCGGAGAUCCAACAGCUUCUGGAGAGUUUGCGCAAAGCAGGGAAUGUGGUCCAGAAAGCUGAGGCGAUCAAGGGCGCAAUGGGUGCCCGCCAGCGACUCUUGAGGAACCUCCGUCCAGGAGGAUUGGCCACCUUGGAAGCCGAGACCUUGUCAGUUUUGCAAGAUGUUGCCUCCCAGAUCUUGAGCGUGGAUGCUGCUGGAUCUGACGGUGUGCUUCAGGCCAUCGACAUCGAUUGGCUGGUGGCUUCCUUGAGCUCAAUGACACCGUCCCCAAGUUCGCAAGCCCCCGUUGCAGAGCUCGUAGUCACGCUGAAAAGCUGGAAGGCUGACAACCUUGCUGCCCUGACGCAGCGCGAGCUACAGGAAAUCCUGCGGAAGUUCAAGCGCCAGCAUGGUGAGGAGCUGGACUGGGCACAGUUUUCUUUUGCUGAUGGGCUUCGAUUGGUGGAGGCCUUGCGAGACACAGGCUCCAUGGAUGCCAAUGCCAAGGACGUCGAGGAGCUCCUGUGCAUCAUGCUCGAUUACAUGGGCACACAGGAGCCUCCUCCCAAUAAUUGUUGUGUGAAGGCCGCAUCUCUUCAAGACGUGGCUCGGUGUCAACAAGCCAUCAAAAAGGAGGGGCUGAUGCUGAAGAAGAUUCUCAGCAUUCUUCGCCACCCCAUGUACGAUUGGGUAAUGUUGCAGCUUGCCCUCGGUGAGGAAGUCCUCGUCCUGCGCUCUGCGGUCAAGAGACUUGAGGACCUUGGCUCAGAGAAGGAUCAGCUCGAGAAGGACGAGAAUGCCAUGCUCUUCGAGGCAUACACCCGGGCAUGCGGCAGCAUCGCUCGCAUGGUCAAGAAGGCAGAGUCUCUCGAGGUGCCGCUGGCAAUGAAGGCGGCUACGGUUGCAGCGGAGGAUGCUGCCGACAUUGACAAGCCGUUGCCCCUGAAGAUCGCCUUCACCAAGGACUACCUCCAGAUCGCUCUGCAAUGCCAGCCCAUUGUUGCUCUCCGAUGUGACCGGGCGCGUGAGGACUUGAACCCUGCGAUGGCGGCGAUGCGCAAAGCAACCGGUGGCCUCACCAUGGCAGACCCAGACACCUGCUGGAAAGUAAGCCUCCAGGAUGACUCCAGCAUCAUGGACGUCACGGCCAAAGCACGUGAGAAGUUUGCCAACUUCGAUGGCAAUGGUCUCCGCAAGUCUCGUGAUGCUGCAAUGAAGGAGAUUGAAAUCGCUGAAGGAUUCUUGGACAAGCAUGAAGCAGCGCUUGCAACUGCUCCAGAUGCAGUUGUGGCUGCGCUGAAGGAUGCUGUCAAGAAUGCAAAGGCGCUUGCGGAGCAGUGCUAUGCAGUCAUCAUCGAGGGCAUGAUCUUUUCGGCGUUGGAGCAGAAGGUCAAGUCCAACAGGGACAAGAUUCUGAAAGUUCAGCAUGACAAGAUCAUGGGCAAG